UCUUGUGCUUUGCUUUUGCCAGACAUUUUUACUUUUUUCACGUAAUGAUAUAUAUCACACAUUUUGCACGUAAUUUAUUUAAUUAGAAGGUGAUUUGCUAUUAGCUACAAUAACUAUUUAGCUCGCUACUAUUAGCUAACUAGCUAGCUAUAGAUAGCUAGGCUCAUAAGUCAGCUAGCUACAAAGCGCAGUGCAGUGGUUUACAUUUUGUGUGGUUGUGCUUAGUUGACCUAGCUAGCCAGCCAACUACAGGUACUAAAUUCAAGAAUACACAUGUAUUUAGUUUUAUAGUUACCACAAGGGGUGCUUUUCAUGCCGUGCAUAACCUAUCAUUGGCUGUUAUUUUUAACUAUUCAACACAGCAUUUUUAUUAUAUUGAUGUUAUACCUUUAAUAUGAGAUGCUAAGUAGAGGAGUUCACAGUUUCAGCUAACCAUUGUUUAGAUAAAUCUUUCUUUUUAUGCAAUCAGAUCAUAGCAAUUAAAGUAAUCAUCUGUUUUUCUGUUUUUAAUGAUGCUAAACUAAAAGUUUAGCACAUGUUAAUUGGGGUUACAGAAGGAAAGGUGUGCCUCCAUUGACUCCUACUAUAUGGCUGGUUCACUAGUGUUUUGUCAUUCUGCAUUAUUAAUUUUAUGAAUGUAUUGGUAACCUAUGACUAAUAGUUAACACUAUAAUAAUUUAACUAAAAUAGACUACCUAAGCUUGUUACUUAAGGCCAUAGGUCCAUACCACAAGCAGCAGGGGAGGGGGUAAAAAAAAAACAGAACACAGUAAGCCUCUUGCUCUUGGACUGCAUAUGAAACAAAAUGUUACAUUUUUUUCACAUAAAUCUGUUCUAUUAGGUGGCUAUUUUGCUAUGGCUAUGUUCACUGAAUUAUAAAAAUAACAGUUGGCACAGUUUGUACAAUGUCACAAAUUUGUCAAUUGUCUUGUCUAAUGAAGCCUCAACACCUCAGCCCAUACCCCAAAUAUAACUGCAAACUAUUUAAGAAUACAUUUUCUACCACUUCUGAACCAUACCAAUUAACAGACAUAAAUGGAAGUAAUAGAUUGAUUAAAUCAUUCCUUUUUCCAACGUUUUUAUUUUUAUUUUUAUUUUCCUGUUUAUUUUAUUUAUAUAUAUAGUUGAUUUAUUUAUCUAUUUAUCUAAGUAUAAUUGUUAACACUUUAUUAUUCAUUUUCCAAAACAAAUUAAUAUCUCCCCAACAACAGUUUUAUCCCCUAUUGUAAGUUUUCUUUUUUUAUUACCCUUCCGUAUUUCUUUUUUGUACUUUUCAGAACUAUUAUUUUUGAAUAUAUAAGUGAGCUUGUAAAAAUCCUGAAAACCUUGAAUUGUAAACUUUUAAAUUUAUGAUUGUUGAUGCAAUUAAACUAUGUAAAUAAUAAAUUUUUUUAAAAAAAAUGAAGUUUGUCAUCUAUACAGCAAUGCUAGAAGUCGUGUCAGGAUUAACGAUUCACUUAGUGAUGAAUUUAGUGUAAAUGUUGGUGUACAUCAGGGUUCUGUACUUAGUCCUUUGUUGUUUGUUCUAGUCGCUGUCAAUGGAGUUCAGAACAGGUUGUACAUGGGAGUUUUUUGAUGCAGAUGAUUUGGUUCUCAUAGCAGAGUCGAUGGAAGAAUUAGUUGAAAAGUUUGAGAAGUGGAAGAACGGACUAGAAGAGAAAAGGGCUAAGGGUGAACACAGAAAAGUCUAAAGUCGUGAUUAGUAGCAUUGCAGCCAAGUGUGACCUUGUAGUUGGAAAGUGGCCUUGUGGAGUUUGCAGGAAAGGGGUUGGUAGUAACUCAAUUUUUUGUCAGACUUGCAAGCAUUGCAGUAGUAUUGGUGGAAGGUUAAGAGCUGACAUUCAUUUUGUAUGUAAGUAUUGCAAAGGUGAGAUUAUAGAGAAUGAAGUAUUUCUAGCUUCAAUGAUGUACAGCAGUGGCUCAUUAGAGAUAGUUGAGAACUUCUGUUACUUGGGUGAUAUGUUGGGCAGUGAAGGGAGUGUUGGAAGAAGUGUUACUUUCAGGAUAGGUUUUGCUUGGAAAAAGUUCAGAGAGUUACUUCCUUUGUUGACUAGCAGAGUCUUGUCAAUUGAGUUAAAAGGAAGGUUGUAUGAGGCCUGUGUAAGAAGUGUUAUGUUGACAUGGGCAGUGAAGCAGAAAGAUCUUGACUGUUUAGAAAGGAAUGAUAUGAGAAUGGUUAGGUGGAUGUGUAACGCCAGUCUGAGAGACAGAAGGAGUUCAGAUGAGCUAAGAAGCAGGUUAAGUAUCCGUAGAAUUAAAGAUGUUAUCCAGAUAAGAAGAUUGAAUUGGCUGGGACUUAAAAAGAAUGGAGGGGGCUAAUUAGGUAAGAAAGGGUAGAGACUUGAUAGUUCCUGGGACAAAGCCCCAGAGGCAGACCGAGAAAGACCUGGCAGGAGGUUAUAAGGACAGACUUGAUAUAGAGGAAGUUGAGUUUAGAUCUAACACAGUCUAGAUCAGAUUGGAAGAGGGUCAUUAAUAUACCCCGUCAAACCCAUGCUAGCAUGGAAAACGGACGUCAAGCCGAGAAUGAUGAGAAUGAUAAAUAGGUUAAAUUGGAAAGUUCAGCCAGCAUAACGCUUCUUUUCGAAAUUGAAAGAGCUGGCAUAUCUGAGUGCAGCAUAAUAAGUAUAAUAUUUUCCAUAGUGGCCUUUAAUAUUUGUUAGGUGUGAUGUGUUAUAUAUAUUUUAAGUUUUGAUUUAUCAGAAAUGUCUUUUUGAAUGAUCAGACUUUAACAGUGUAUAACGAUCAAACCUAUAACUGUGUUAAAACAAGUGGAAAACAGCAAAUUUAGUAUGCUUUACUAAAGUAUAUAUAUGUUGAAGUCACUUACAAAUGGCCAAAAAAUUGAUGUUAAUUUUUUAUGACAGUUGUUAAUUUAAAUCAAACCAUGUCUAUUGAUACUAAAGACUUGUUGCGUAAAAAAAGAAAAGCUGUGGAAAGUGAAGAUAAUGGAACAAGUGUAAAACGAACCAAGACAACUUUAGAGGAUCUAAUCUUGGCACCGUCCGAUCCAGCAAUAAUACACAAUGAAAAUAGUCCCAGUGCUGAUAAAUGGCCAAAAAGAGAAAAAGCCCUUACAUUUGAAGAAGCCAAAAAAGGAACAGAAGUUCCAGUUCGAGUUUAUGCAGAUGGUGUGUUUGAUCUUUUCCAUAGUGGACACGCCCGUGCAUUAAUGCAAGCCAAAAACUUGUUUCCAAAUACAUACUUAAUUGUUGGAGCUUCUAAUGAUGCUAGCACACAUAGAUUAAAAGGAUUCACUGUCAUGACCGAAACAGAGCGUUAUGACGCUCUCCGCCACUGUCGUUAUAUUGAUGAGAUUAUUUGUGGUGAUAUUCCAUGGAUAAUAGAUUUAGAGUUUUUGGAAAAGCAUAAGAUCGACUUUGUCGCACAUGAUGAUCUACCAUAUAAUUCUGCUGGUCAAGAAGACAUUUACAAGUCAGUAAAAGAAGCGGGAAAAUUUUCUGCCACACAGCGCACUCCGAGUAUUUCAACUUCUGAUCUUAUAACAAGAAUUGUUAAAGAUUACGAUAUGUACGUGCAAAGAAACUUGGCCAGAGGAUACAGUAGAAAAGACCUGAAUGUUGGUUUUAUUAAGGAGAAAGAAUUAGCUGUGAAAGAGCGAUAUCAAAAAAUUAAAGGAAAAUCUCAAGAAAUUAUCACCACAUGGGAGGAUAAAUCUCGUGAAUUUGUCAUGGGAUUUAUUGACUUGUUCGGGAAAGACAGUGUCGUCACUGAUUUAUGGGCGCGUGGAAAAAACCGUCUAUCAAUUACUGGUCAAAAAAUCAAAUCCGCUUUCUCUCCGUCUCACUCGCCGACUUAUGAUAACGGGGAAGGUGGUUCGCCAUCAAGUUUUCAUGCCGAGAUAAGUGAUGAUGAAGUCGAGGGCUGGGGAGAGGAAAACAAGGAACCUGAAAAGUAAUUGUGAUCCAAGCAAUAAUUUUAACAAAUGUGGUUUGAUUUUUAGCGUGGUAUGUUUUGAAAACUUGUUACGCCAUGCGCUUAGAUGGUUUGAAAUUAAUUUAUUAUGCGCAGAUAUGUAUAUGAUUUUGCAUUUUAAGUAUUUUAAGGGUCAAAGGCGAAGGUUUUUCGAAAUGUUGAACUUCCAAGUGUUGUAUUGUUCAAAAAUCCUAGUCAUGAUGUUGAUUUCAAACUCAAAUUGAGCUAAAAUAAAUCCUGAAAUUUGAGACACAUUUCAGGUAAACAAAACAAAUAUCCUGGUUAUUUAUAAUCUUUUUGUGGCAUCCUUGAUCAAGUGAUGUGCGCCUGAAGCUUGAGUAUUUAUUCCCAUUUCGCCAUCUUUUUUAACUGUUGCGAAGCUUGUAUGGAAUCCAAUGAAAACGUAAUAUCGCACGGGAGGACAAUGUACAAAGGGUAUCCCACAGCGUAUGUUGUAAGUGUAUAAUUUAUUUUUAACGAAAAGAAUUUAUUAUUUAAUGGACACGAAAUAUAUUUGGUGCAUGCUUCUUUUUUGACCUUGUUUUUGUAGCAUGCUUGGAAAAAAACUAAGCCAAGAAGAUGAGUUUAAUUUCAUUUGAUUUUUAAAAAUUUUAUUUAGCAUUGUUCUGAUCACAACCCAUCCAAUUUAAAUAGCCGGAAAUUUUAAUUUGAUAAAGAAAUAUUGAUUUUUUUUUUACUGGUAAACUUAUAGAACCUCGCAAGUCAGUCCCAAAAUUAUUAACAUCGUUUGUUUGUAUAUUUAAGCCUUGCUCACACUAAGGGGUUAACGGCGCUAGUAAGAAGUGCAAAUGCGUUAAACACAUUAACAGUAGUUAAAUCGCCGGUAUUAAGGGAAGACGUAGGCGUUAGCCGAUAAGCGCCCUUAUUGCGUUUAGCCCUUCAACAAUCCAUUCUCUUGCUGAUCACACUUUUUACCACGUUGAAGUUGAUAACCCCAGUGUGAACAAGAAUUUAAGAUUUAGCAUUUUAAAUUUGUAGUAGUAAAUCUUAUUUAUAAAUAACGAUAUUUCUUUUGUAUUUGGAAUAGUAAGAAAAGAGAAGGUAUACCUGAAAAUCUAUCUCAA